AUGUCCAUAGGACCUACUCUUGGGACUGGGCUGUUUAUCGGUUCUGGCCAGGCGCUAGCUACUGGUGGUCCAGCCUCAUUGCUUGGAUCCUAUAUAUUCAUAUCCAUAUUGAUAUACUGCAUAUCAACGGCCGUCGCAGAGAUCGCGGCCCACUUCCCCUCCAAACAUGGCACCAUACUCAGUCACACUUAUAAUUAUGCCUCGUCCCACUUAGGCUUCUCCCUUGGGUACCUACGCUGGUAUUCUAUAGCCACGUUGGUCCCUUUUGAGAUCACCAAUGCGAUGGUCAACCUUGGCCUGUGGGAUCCCGGAGCGAGAGUUGCAAUACGAAUCAGCAUUGUCACUGCUGUGAUAUUCGGCUUCAACAUGUUACCAGAAAAGGCGUUCAAAAGGUCGGAGACCGCAUUUACGGCUGUGAAACUCAUUACAACUGUCGGGCUGAUAAUCGUUUCGAUUUAUCUUGCUAUUCGGGGCGCCUCUGAGUCUUCUGAACGGGGCUUUCAAUACUGGAACGAACCCGGCGCUAUGAAUGAGUAUCUUGUGGACGGCCAUUUGGGCCGGCUUUUGGGGUUGCUGCAGUGCAUUCUUUACAGCACUAUUUCCUUCAUCUUCGGUCCUGAACUGAUUGUUCAACGAGCAGAACAAUUAGAUCCUGAGUCGGCCCCAAGUAUUUUGAGCGUGACGCGAAUUGAUUGCAUUCAUCUUUUCACACUUUAUAUUCUAAGUUCACUAGCCAUUACUGUGGCUAGUCCCUCGGACGAGCCCUUGUUGACAAAUCAUGGCAUCGGUGCUGGAUUGUCUCCAUACAUCGUGGGCAUUAGAAGGUCCGGAAUUCCUAUUCUGCCCACCAUUGCAACCGCGCUCAUAUUUUUGUCAUCUGUGGCAUCUGGACGCUCGUUUCUUUAUAUCUCGUCUCGUACCUUGUGCGCCCUAGCUGAGACUGGACAUGGUCCUGAGUUGUUCAAGGUACGCAACAGUUACGGUGUGCCAUAUAUCUCUGUGAUCAUAUCGGCGCUGUUCUCGGGGAUUGCAUAUCUAUCCUUGGCACUGUCUGCAUCAGUCGUCUUUAAUCUGCUAAUGUAUUUUAUCACCACAUCCGGCUACAUUUCAUGGCUGUUCUCGUGUGUUAUCUACUUUCAGUUCCGCCGGACAACUGCAGCACAAGGGUUUACACCAGCGAACCAGGCUCGUAUCCAACCAUACGGGUCAUAUUUUGCUGUUGCAGUCUGUACACUUCUUUCCCUGGCCAACACCUUAACCAUAGCAGCGCCGUCGUGGGUAGUUGCAAGGAACUCUAUUCCUGCAUAUAUUUCCCUGUCUAUGUUUAUUAUCCAUUACUUUGGACACUUGAUAGCGUCUACAAUUACACGGCGACACCUACAACUCGAGAACAGAGACCAGGAACAUGGUGGUAUACUUGAAAAGCGCUCUAUAGGGCUUCAGAGUUGA